AUGGCAAUCUAUGGUCUCUGGGUCAUAAAUAAAGCAGGAGGUCUGGUCUAUCAAAGAAACUUUGCAGAUGGCCUCGCUCCCCUCACGUCAAAUGAAUACCUUGUGCUAGCAGGAACGCUACAUGGUAUUCACGCUAUUACCAGUCGAUUAUCUCCUGUUGGAUCGAGCUCGGGGGUGCAGGUGAUUGAAGGCGAAACGUUCAAGAUGAACAUUCUUCUAACGGUCACCGGCACAAAAUUUGUCCUCCUGACAUCGUUGGCUGAAACUACAGCAGACACUGUAUUGCAGAAGGUUUACGAUAUUUACUCAGACGCUGUCAUGAAGAACCCGUUCCACACUCCAGAAAUGCCUAUCAGAAGUGAAGGAUUUGAUACGCGGGUGGGAACACUCAUAGGUACGGGACAGACAUAG